AUGUGUGUAUUCAUAAAUCUUUUACAUUUAAGCUACCACCUUUGGCAUCUACUUCUAACAAACAAGAUUUUGCAAAACAGUAACAAAAAAAUGAGGAUUCGCUUGACGAGAGUUGAAUCACACAAAGCUGCUGUGUUUGUACUGACAUUUUUCAGGUACAAUUUACUACAAUUGUAAAAUUUUGUAUUUUUAUUGAAUACUUUUGUUUGAUAAUAACAGAUAAACACCUUAAAAAUGUUUAAAAUUUUGUAUAGUACGGAACUGUUUAAAGUCAUCAAAUUAAACAUCAUCAUUGCCACUUCAAGGAUUUUCUUAUUUUUUGUGAAUAAUUUAUUUAUUAGAAAAGCAUGGACUUUUUUUCAAUUUAUAUCUUAUUAAACCUAAUAUCUUUUUUGCAGCUAUGCUCUCUUCCAUGCAAACCGAAAAGCAUUUAGUAAUGUGAAGAGCUCUACAGCCGCAGUAUGGACACCCCACAACUUAACAGAUCGUAGACUUCAGCCUGAAGAUGUAAGUCACUUAGAUGUUGCAGUAUCAAUUUUUUUAGCAUUUCAAAUGAAGUGUAUUCCACUACAGCAAUUAAAUUUAAUUUCCAGGGUAUUGUUUAACAUUAUCAUUGUGAUUCAUACAUUUAUUAUGCCAACUAACACAGUUUUGGCACUUGGGAUCCAAGCAUAAGCCAAUUAAUACUUUUGUUACUUUAUUGUUUCUAUGUAAUAUUCAGUGUGUAUUCCCAUUCUUUUAAAAAUUAGCUAUGGUACUCUCAUGACCUGUUUGCUACUGAAGAUGAUGCAGAGAAGUUUGAAGGUGUUUUGGAUACUGCAUUUAUGUUGGCAUAUGCUGUUGUAAGUAGCAGUACUUUCAUUUUAUUCUCCAUGGUUCUUGUCUCUUCAGGUUCACUGUGCCUUUAUUUGUUCUUAUCUCAAUUUUUUAAAAUGAGAGACAUUUCUAAGUUUUGCUCUACACUGUAGGAAUUUAGAUUAUUAAAAUUUUGGUUUAAAUGUCAUAUACAUAUAUAUGCCUUUUGAAUUAAUUUUAGAAACUAUUAUUCAUUAUCCAGGGACUCUUUUUAAAUGGCUAUAUUGGUGACAGGUAGGAUUGAUUUUAUUAAUGUACUAUUUUUUAAUAAACAUUUAAACUUUUAUAACACUUUUAGUUUUAGUUUCAAAUCAUACACUAAUUUAUUAAUUAUACAUUGUUUCUAAUAAACAAAAAAUAUUAUCUAUGUUUAAUUGUUCUAUAAUAACAUUUUAUUUAAGUACCGUAUAAAUUAAUUUUUGUACACAGAGUGAAUAUGAGAAUUCUGCUCGCUGUAGGGAUGGGUAGCACAUCUGUGUUGGUAAGAAAUUAUUUUAUAUUUUUAUAUUUAUCUUAUCAAGACAUUAACUCGUUUUUAGAGCCAAAAUUUUGGCACUCUAUUUGUGUCUUUUCACAUUGCUCAUGGAUAUAAGUGGGUAAUCUGUGUCUAUUUCUUAAGCUUAAAUUAGUAACAAAUUAUACUAUUAAUAUUAUAAACAUCUGGUACUGUGCCUGUGGGUUGCGGCCCCUAAUGGGGGUCACCAACUGAAACAGUAAAUUAAAUAAAUAUUAUGGUUUUAAGGAAAUAUUCAUUUGUAACUAGUGUCUUACAAAAAUUUUGAAUAAUUUGAUAACUCUGUAUCUAUUUUGAUGUGUUUUCUCUUAGUGUAUUAGUUGUUGUUUUUUUUUAAUGUAUUAGGGUCGCAGGUCAUUUGGCUUCUAAGAAAGUGGAGCAGUGAGUCACUUUGCUUCUAUAAAAAUAAUUCCCAUUUUUUAAAAAGUUGGGAAACUUAUAAAAAUUCAAUGUUUUCUAAUUUUAAAAAAAAAAAGCUGAUCAUAAUUUUUUUUACAGGUGUUUGUUUUUGGCUGUAUAGCAGAAUGGACACUCUUCUACAACAAGUAUUUUUAUGCUGUUAUCUGGAUAGUUAAUGGAUUGAUGCAGUCCACAGGAUGGCCUGUAGUGGUAGCCUGUAUGGGCAACUGGUUUGGUCAAAGCAGGUAAUAAGGCAGAUUUUCCUUUCUUUGUAUUAGUGCACAGUAAAUUUAUUUAGAUUCAAAAUGUCCACCUUUAAAAUUGUUUUAACAAUUAAUUUUAAACAUUGGUUUCUUAAAACUAACAAUUUUAUGGUUAAUGUUAAAAAAAAAUUAAUUUUAAAUUCUAAAAUAUUUCAGUCUUGUUUGGUGUGUAAAAUUGAAAGAAAAAAAGAAAAAAAAGAACAUUUCAGGAGACUUUAUUAGUUUAAAAGAAGAUAGAAAAUUAGGAAAAAAUUACAGACAUAUUUAAUGGACUUGAAAAACAGCUUUUAUAACAAAAAUGUAUUUCAUUAUCUUUUAUUUGUCUUCUCAAAUCAACCCAAAGAGUUUUGAUUGAAUAAGAAAUGUAAUAGCUCACUUUUCUUCUGUUCAGCCGUGGUGUGUUACUCGGCUUAUGGAGCUCUUGUGCGUCUGUGGGAAACAUUAUUGGAGCUCUUUUGGUAUCUUCUGUGUUAUCUUAUGGUUAUCAGGUAAAAUCCAUCAUAAAAUUGUUCGUGUUGAAUUAUAGAUAACAGAAACCAAAACUAUUACAUAUAUAUAUAUAUAUAUAUAUAUAUAUAUAUAUAUAUAUAUAUANGAAAAUAUUUUACUUGUUACCUGCAGUAUGCAUUCCUGGUGACUUCGGCAAUACUUCUCUCUGGUUCUUUCAUAGUAUUAUUUGGUUUGAUUCCAUCACCCAUUGAUGUUGGUAAGUUAUUAUAUUGAAAUGUCUAUAAUAAAAUAUUAUGAGUAAUUAAUCAAUAAAAUAUUGCAAAUAUCGAAGAGCUAUAAGUGGUAGAAAUUUUCCCACACUUAAUUGUUUAACAUCACUAAAACUAAAUUGUUUAUUAUCACUAGUUAUAAUUAAAAAGACACACAUUUUGUGGUGUUUGGAAAAGAUACGUUUUUAAAGUUAAGUAGUAAUUAUUGGUUUCAUUAAUUGGCUUAACAACUCUGCUCUGCAUUUAAAAUUUUAAAUGUGUUGAGUUUUAAAUUUUUUUUUUUGACCACAGGCUUGGAAUUGGCGAAUGAUGAUAAGCCAAAAAGUAAUGUGAACACUGACAGAGAUGAUGUCGAAGGUAAGUCAAGAAAAGGAAGACAAUGGGUGUAGUAACUUAAAUUGUUUUUAUAUACUUCAUUUCUACUAUUAACAACACAACAAAAAAAACAAAAAAAACAGCAUUUAAAAAAAAAAAUAGUAUUUAGGUGAAAUGCCUUAUCUCGACAUUAUUAUUAUUACAAGGGAAUGGCUGUUUUCUGAAAGUAUUGAUUUGAGCUCUUUGAAAAAUCUUUGUCUGCUUCAACUAUUUUUAAGUAAUUUUUUGUUUAAUCAUUACAUCAAUUUGUUUAUUAACAAAUAUGUUUGUUUAUGUUGAAUAAAUUUCACUGUUUUUUGAAAUAUUUAAAAGAAAUGGCAAUUGUGAUCACUUACUGAUCGUUUUCAGAGGCAGACAGGAGUUGAAUUUUUUUAGAGAGAGAAUAAGAUUGAUUUUCCUUCGUUUUAUUUGUUUUUCUCUCCUUUUUAAAGUUAAAACUAGAAUUGAGUACUCAGUGGCUAGUGAAAAUGUAUAUGUCAUCACAAUCCCUCCGACUCGUAAAGGUAUUCAUUUAUAAUCUCCACCCAAUUUUUAUAAGCAGUUUUAGAUACCAAUACUUUUACAUUUAAGUGAAGCUUCCAAUUCUUGGAUUUGAUUGAUGCACCAGAUGUUUUAUUUCCACAAUGCACUCUUUAGGCUAAUUUCAACUUAUAUAUAUUUUUUUAACGUGUAUAUUUUCAUUCAAAUAUUUCUUAGCCAGUUGUAGCCUGUCAUGCCUUUAAGAAAUGACAAAUGCCAUCUUUGUCCUUAUGUUAUGCUUUGAUCUGUGAACCUAGAAUAAGUCAUAGAGCCUAGUUGUCUCAUGAUUCUUGUUAUUGCACUCCAAAUUUGAGAAACAAUUCUCAUCAGCUAGCAUUACAUUAUUAUUUUACAGGCACAUGAACUUCUCUCUUUUAAAAAAUUGUCAGGGUGUAAAAAAAUGUUUAUACUAAAAGUUAACUAUAUUAAUUAAAGGGAACAUCUAAAAAAAAGAAAGAGCCGCACUUGUAUCAUCCCAGAGAUAGAGUAACCAAAGUGACAGCCAUUUCACUAUUUCUUCAAUAUUGUUUAUACCUCUCCCACCUGCUGCCCCAUGUUUUAAUCCUUAAUAUAUUUAUAUGAAGCAUAUAUCCUUUUUUUCCAUGUAUAAUUCUUACAAGUUGAGCUUUGGCUUACCUGCUUAACUUACUUCUUACUUACUUUUGCUGUUUGAAGAUCAAGAGUGUUGACAAUACAAAUACUUUACAGAGGUCUGACAGUAAUGAAAUUUUUCAAACAUUUUUUUCUUCAUUCCUGCGUGGCAACCUUUUCUCAGGUCAUGGGUUGCCAGCCUCUGCUUUAGCAUUUUUUAAACGUGAAGAUAUGCUCUAUAUAUUUUUCUUUUACUGCUGGACAGAUGAAAAAACAACAUUUUUUUGUUUACACUGCCACUACCCUUUUCCCUGUUCAGACUGCUUUGAGCGCAUUGCUUUUCUUGUUAUAUAGUUUCCUCAAGUCAGCCAUCCACAAUAAAAUUAAAUUUUUAAGUAAUAAAAUUUAUUUCAUUAUUUUACUUAAAGUAUGGUUCCAUUUCAUUAAUUAUUACAUUUUUGAUAACACUGUUGCUGGUUGCACAGCAAUACAAUUUGCGUAUUACUUUUAAUUAUUUUUUUUCCUUCUGUGUGUUUUCUAUGUUUUUAUUUUUCACUCCAACUGACAUCCUGCUAGGUUGUUGAUAAUGGUUUUCUUCUUUUUUGAACAUUAAAUUUCAGAUACAUUGGAGAAAUUGUAAAAAUCAAGGAAAUUUUGCUAAUUGCUGCAGGCAGUUUAUUUUUUUCUAUGUCAAACGUAUUCGACAAUUGUAAAAAAGUUAGCAGACAAAUUACAGCAAUUCCUUUCAUUGCUUUUCUGCAUUUAGAGUAUUGAGCUCAUCUCAAGACAAAGUGUUGUUGACUUGACAGGAAAUUGCCUUUGUAUAUGAUUGUGAGAGUUCUUUGAAUAAGCAGUCAAAUUUGUUUCUUUUAAUGAGCAGAAGCACCACUUGGCAUGGUUCUUCACAAAGGACAAACAAGAAAUUUUAAAAAAUUAAAAUAUGUGUUGUAAAACAGAGGAUGCAAUAGGCUUGUUUAAUAACAUUUAUAAUAAAUUUAUCAUUAAUUCAAAGUUAAAUCAAUUUUUUUUUUAAUUUGUUGAUCCUACUUAUUGUGCAGUGUUUAAAAUUUUAAUUUCAGAUCCCAUCAUUUAAACUCCCUUCCCCUCCCCCCCUUAAAUUUGUAGUUUGUAUUUUUGUUGGUCUUUUGCAGAACCACUUCUCGGCGCAGCUGUUUCUCAACCAAUUGUCAAACAAAACUACCCCUCAGAAGAUGAUGAUGUAACUUAUGAUAUUCAAGCCACGAGGCCAACUUCAAUGUCAUUUCUUAAGGCCUGUCUCCUUCCUGGUGUUAUUCCUGUACGUUGCAUUUUCGUGAAUCCUCUCAAAAUUUCCUUCAGAAAAAAAAGAUUAAUAAAUAAAAAUUCACAAAUGAAUUUCUUUUUACUAGUUUACCACCAUGACCCUAUGUAAUAUUUCAAGAGCCAACUGAACAGGAAAAUGUUGUUACUUGCAAAUUUUUGUUUAUAGAUACCAGCAUUCAUUUAACUCAUUUCAAAAGCAUCCAUUUAUAAUGUCUCGUUAUGCUAUUCCAGUAUGCCCUGGCCUAUGCUUUUCUUAAGCUGGUCAACUACUCAUUUUUCUUCUGGCUCCCUUUCUACCUCCAUAAUGCCUUCAAAUGGGAAGAGAGUGUAGCUGAUCAACUAUCUACUGCCUAUGAUGUUGCUGGGAUAGUGGGUAAGUGAACUGCACAGAAUAAAAUCCAGGUACCUGGGAUGAAGAGGAUGGGAUGUAUCGUCCAAAUUUAUUUUACUUAUACAACAGCAUUAUUCUUCAAAAUGUUCAAGUGAAGGAUGUUUGGUUUGUAUGAUAUUACUAGUUUAUACGAGUGUUAUUGUUUACAUUAGUAUGUAUUGUAUUUAAACUCUAGUUCUGAAUGUUAAGUACAAGGUGAUGGUUCUGUCUAGUGUAGCAAAAAUCCACGAAUGGUAAGCUCUGGCUCUUUGAAAUUAACAUAAAAUUAAUCUGGAAUGUCCUAGCCCAUUUCAAUUCUUUUUUUAUCUUCUGGAAUAUCUUGGCUCAUUUCAACUUUUUUUUUUAUCUUCUGGAAUAUCUUAGCUUAUUUCAACUCUUUGCACCUUAAUAGCAGAGCCCUUUCUAAAAUGUGGACAAUCAAUGAAGCUGUGGGGCAAAGAGUGUGCCAUUGUAUUAUGGAAAAUAGCUACAGUCUUACCAAUUUGAGUUACCUGAAUUAUACCAGAAAUCUUUUAAAAACCAUGUAUCAUUUCAGGGCACUGUGUGUAUCAGCAGAGCACUGUGUUUAUCAUAGCAGAGCACUGUGUAUGAUAUGGGGCUGAUUUUUAAACUAUUAUUUUGAAUUUUAAAAAGAACUUAAAAACUUGCUGUGUUAGUGGCAUAAUUUACUAAACCAAAAAAAUUACCUAUAGAAAAUGUUCUGCCACUGUAAACAAAUGUCUGAAGAAAAAAGAAUAUAUGAAUACAUACAAACAGAAAUUAUAAAAAUAAUAUUUAAAAUAUGUUUUGUCUUUCAGGCGGAACUGUUGUGGGAUUUAUGUCUGUAAGUACUUUUUGAAAAAAAAAUUCUGUUAGAAUGUGUUUUAAAAUGAAUCAAGAUCGUUUUGUUUUUUUUUAAAUUUUUUAUUUUAUUUAUUGUUGCUCGUGUCCUUUUAAGUUGUUAACAAACUUCCCUUUCUUGUUUUCUUUCUUCUCAGGAUCGACUUGGUAAAAGAACAAUCAUGAUUGUGCCGAUGCUCAUUUUUUCUAUUCCAUCAUUGCUGCUGUACAGCUGUAAGUGUUGAGCUGUAAAAAAUGAGCUGUUCUAGUUUUACUGUUUCAUUAACUCAUAGCACUGUGUGUUACAUUUUAGACAAUGUGAUUAAUCUAUUCUUACGUAUGUAGAUGUAUAUCCUUAAGUAUGUAGGUGUCCGUACUUAGGUAUGUCGAUUACUAAAACUUUUGUAUGUAGAUGUAUAUUCUUAGGUAUUUAGAUCACUAAUACUUACGUGUGUAGAUGUCUAUACUUACUUUUGUAGAUUUCUAUACAUACAUAUGUAGAUGUCUAAAAUAUUUAUUUUUUUGCUAUUAAGAAUCAUCAAAUUACAUGUGAAAUAUAUUGAAUUCAGGCAAAACUGUGAUUCUUCCCAAACUAGAGUUGCCUUCAAGGAUGGACUACACUGACUACAUAUCUUUAGUCUAUAUCGAUGAGUGCAAGAAACGUCAUAAAUGCAUAUUAAAUUAUCCUUUGUUUAUUUUUAGAUUCACCUAAUGAUCGUUUAGUCAACACUGUCCUAAUGUCCCUCAUUGGAUGUUUAAUUGGUGGAGCUGCUAAUCUAAUUAGUGCUGCUGUCUCAGCUGACUUAGGUAUGAUCAUAUCUAAACAUCCAAGAUGUACUUGUUGAGUUUUAGGCUGAAAUGUUAUAUUCAAAGCAAAAUUUCCUUCAAUUUUAAAAUGUUUGUUAUGAAAUCAGGCUUUAAUUUGUCUAUAAACCUAAGUUCUUUUUAAAAAAAAAAAAAAAAAAGCCUAAAAAAACAUUGUGUGAAUUGUAGAUGCGGUUGCAUUAUAAUCUUUCUAAUGAUUGAACAUUUUCAGGUUGCCAGAAGCAAAUCCAGGGAGAUGACAGAGCCUUAGCUACAGUAACCGGUAUCAUAGAUGGGACUGGAAGCUUUGGGGCUGCCCUUGGCCAGGUAUGUUUUAGAGCUAUGUUAAAUUGGAGGAGGGGGGCGGCAGUGAUAGUGCAAGAAGGCUGUUGGUAGAAAUACAUCCAGCUUCUCUCUCUUCCCUGACGCCACCCAAAAUCUAAGGGCGAAAUAGCAGGGUUGAAAUGGAUUGGACAUUUUAUGAUUAACAAGUAUGUUAGAAAUAAAGAUGAUUACAGUGUAGUCAGUGGUCUUUGCAGUAAUUUUAUGAUUAGCAAGUAUGUUGAUAAUAAAGAGGAUCAAAUUCAUAUAACUAAAAUCUCCUCCUGAGACAGUUUGCUACAGAAUUUAGCUCAUGUAGUGUCUUUUUUGUAGUGUCUUGUUAAUUGAGUUAUACGAUAAAUGGUCUAUGCAUGAGAAAGCAUGGAAGAUGUAAUUGAAAUACAGUUUGCCACUUAGAAGAGAUUACAAAGAGGCCUCUAUCUGAUCCCUUUUCUUUUCCAGAUUGCAGUUCCUUAUCUUCAGACAGGAUUGGGGUGGCCUUCAGUGUUUUACUUGUUUAUGAUUUGUGUAAGUUUUCAAUCUUGUAAUGAAUAA